GCCGGGGACUGACAUGGGAUGCGAGAGGAAACGGUUGAAUGGGUCGGGUUGCAAAUGCAGUCCUAGAGUAGUCAAACAGGACGGACGCACAGGCGUCGGCGCGGCGCGGCGCGUGAGCUCUUUUGCUUGCCGCGGCUGCUCGCCACGCCACGCUUCAGAAGAUCACACGGUGACGGCGGGCGGACGCGCUCCCCCAAUUUCCCUCCCAUUUUCUACUCCCUCCCCUUUCCUUCCUUCACCGGCAUCGGCAUAGGCGUCUCUCCCUGAUCUACCUGGAGUCUCUCUCCUCGUACUCCAGCGCCGCCUGCCCCUCCGACCACCGCUGCGGCAGCGCACCGACUUCCCGCCUGAACCCCAGAUCUCACCCGCGCCAUACACGCCGCCAGCCCCAGCCCAGAUCUACGGCGCGCCCGCCAUGGACGCCGGCGCCGGGGCCACGGCCAUCCGAGUGCCCUACCGCCACCUCCGCGACGCCGAGAUGGAGCUCGUCAGCCUCAACGGCGGCGCUCCCGGAGGGGACACGGGCCCGCCCCCGCCACCGCCCAAGGACCAGCCGCGGAGCCGCGCCGACAGGACCAAGCUCGUGCUCGCCUGCAUGGUCGCCGCGGGCGUCCAGUUCGGAUGGGCGCUGCAGCUCUCCCUCCUUACGCCAUACAUCCAGACCCUAGGAAUAGACCAUGCCAUGGCAUCAUUUAUUUGGCUGUGUGGGCCUAUAACUGGUUUUGUGGUUCAACCUUGUGUUGGUGUUUGGAGUGAUAAGUGCCGUUCAAAGUAUGGGAGGAGAAGACCAUUUAUUUUGGCUGGAUGCAUAAUGAUAUGUGCUGCUGUAACUCUAAUCGGGUUUUCUGCAGACCUCGGUUACAUCUUAGGGGACACCACUGAGCACUGCAGAACAUAUAAAGGUUCAAGGUUUCGAGCUGCUAUUGUUUUCAUUCUAGGAUUCUGGAUGUUGGACCUGGCAAACAAUACAGUGCAAGGUCCUGCGCGUGCUCUUCUAGCUGAUCUUUCAGGUCCUGAUCAGUGCAAUUCUGCAAAUGCAAUAUUCUGCUCAUGGAUGGCUGUUGGGAAUAUUCUUGGUUUUUCAGCUGGAGCGAGUGGGGAAUGGCACAAGUGGUUUCCAUUUCUAACGACAAGAGCAUGCUGUGAAGCUUGCGGUAAUUUGAAAGCAGCUUUCUUAGUUGCAGUUGUAUUUCUUUUGUUAUGUAUGUCUGUUACCCUGUACUUCGCUGAAGAGAGCCCACUAGAUCCAAAAGAUACACAAGGACUAUCAGAUUCUGCUCCUCUGCUGAACGGUUCUAGAGAUGCUGCCCAUGCAUCAAAUGAACCAAAUAAUGAAAGAUUUCCUAAUGGCCAUGUGGGUUUAAACAAUGUGUCGGCUAACAACAACACUGAGGAAUUUACAAAUGUGAAUUCCAACACAGAGAAAGGAGGAGUCUUCAAUGAUGGGCCAGGAGCAGUUUUGGUUAACAUUUUGACCAGAAUGAGGCAUCUACCUCCUGGGAUGCAUUCAGUGCUUCUAGUUAUGGCCCUAACAUGGUUGUCAUGGUUUCCCUUUUUCCUUUUUGACACUGACUGGAUGGGACGCGAAGUUUACCAUGGGGAUCCAAAUGGAGAUUUGAGUGAGAGGAAAGCUUAUGACAAUGGUGUCCGAGAAGGUGCAUUUGGUUUGCUAUUGAAUUCAGUUGUCCUUGGCGUUGGUUCAUUCCUUGUUGAUCCACUAUGCCGGAUGAUUGGUGCAAGAUUAGUUUGGGCCAUUAGCAACUUCACGGUGUUUAUUUGCAUGAUGGCUACAACGAUAUUAAGUUGGAUCUCUUCUGAUCUGUACUCAAGCAAACUUCAUCACAUCAUCGGGGCAAAUAAAACAGUCAAGAUCACGGCAUUGGUUGUUUUCUCUCUUCUCGGAUUGCCACUCUCCAUCACUUACAGCGUUCCGUUUUCUGUGACUGCUGAGCUGACUGCCGGUACAGGAGGUGGACAAGGUUCGUGUUGCGCAUAUACUGUAUUAAUUAGCAGCCUUGCGAACCACAGUGACUGGUACUGUUUAUGCUCCAUCUCCAGGUUUGGCCACAGGAGUCCUAAAUCUUGCUAUCGUGGUUCCCCAGAUAGUAGUGUCGCUUGGAGCAGGUCCAUGGGACGCUCUGUAUGGAGGAGGGAAUACCCCGGCGUUCGUCUUGGCUUCGGUCUUCUCCCUGGCAGCAGGUGUGCUCGCAGUUCUCAAGCUGCCAAAGCUGUCCAACUCGUACCAAUCUGCCGGGUUCCAUGGAUUUGGCUGAUGCUCAUGCCCAAAACACCCCCGUCUGCCAUGUAAAACAUCACACCAACACUUGGCCCCAUUUUGCCAUUCGUUUACAGAGAAAUGAUUCUUUUUUCCUCGUACAACUACAGAAUAAUGACAGUGAAAGUAGGAGUUUAGGUGAGAGAGAGAGAGAGGCUAGGUAGGUUGAUGUGAAGGUGUAAAAGCUGUAUCCUCCUUUUUUUGUUUUUGUUUUUGUUUUUGACAGUGUAUGUAAGAGCUGUCCACAAGAAAAUUUACAAGUGGUGUAACCUGCCCUCGUUUGUACAUUGUACUACUACUACAUGACAAUCAUAUGUCCUUUGUCUUUAUCCAAGGUUGAAGACGUAAACUGAGGC